AUGUCUGAACCAGAAAAACUUUACUUUUCUUAUAACCAUAUCCAUAAACUUUGUAAACAAAGUGCAGUUGAUAUUAAAAAAUUUGCACCUUCAUUAAUCAUCAGUAUUGGUGGUGGUGGUAAUAUUCCAUCAAGAAUUUUAAGAACUUUUUUAAAAGAAAAAGGUCAAAAAAACAUUCCAAUUCAAGUUAUUGGUUUAAGUUUAUAUGAAAAUUUAGGUACCACAUCUGAAGAUGAUCAAAUUGGUAAAGAAGUUAUUCGUACUCAAUGGUUAGAUUUUAGUGCAUUAGGUGAACAUUUUGAUUCAUUAAUUGGUAAAAAUAUCUUGAUUGUUGAUGAAGUUGAUGAUACUAGAACUACUUUACAUUAUGCUGUUUCAGAAUUAGCUAAAGAUGUUGCCAAAGAAGCUGCUAGAUUAAAUAGAAAUGAUACUACUAAAUUUGGUAUUUUCGUUUUACAUAAUAAAGAUAAACCUAAAAAAGCUCAAUUUACUUCAGAAAUCUCUCAAGAAAAUUAUUUUGCUGCUUUAACUGUUCCAGAUAAAUGGUUAUGUUAUCCAUGGGAUGCUGAAGAUAUUGAUGAACAUACUGCUAAAGCUGUUGAACAAGGUUAUAUCUAA